AUGGGCUCCCCAGUGCGCUGUACUGCUGCUGUAGUCGUCUCACUACUGGGUCUCCUCUACUAUAGUCCCCCUGUAUUGGGCCAGGAGCUACAGGAGAGGGACGCUCUGUGCAACGAGGACGGCUGCUUCGUAGUCUACUUUCAGCGCAAGACCUUCCUGGACUCCUGGAGGAGUUGCAAGGAGAAGGGAGGCAAUCUGGCCACAGUCAAACUCCAGGAGGAGGCUGACACGAUCGCUGCUCUCUUCUCCAGCGUGGAGCUACGGAGCCCCAGAACCAUGGUCCGGGUGUGGAUCGGUCUCCAGAGACAGCCUCGUCAGUGUACCGCCUCUCGCCCUCUCCGUGGGUUCACCUGGACUACGGGUGACCAGGAUACCCAGUACACAAACUGGCUCAGGGGCGACACGCCCAGCACCUGUUCGGCCCCGCGCUGUGUGGUUAUGACCUAUGGCACAGCCGCCCACGAGCAGCAUGAUAAUUUUAAAUGGCUGGACGGCUCAUGUUCGGUGCCAGUGGAUGGUUACCUGUGCCGCUACACCUACAAGGGCAUGUGCCCGGCGGUUUGGAGAGAGGGGGGCGGCAACGCCCUCUAUAGUACCCCCUUCAGCCUCCUCAGUAGCCUCCUUACCCACGUGCCCUUUGGAUCUGUAGCCACGAUGCCCUGCCCGGGGCGCACCGAGGAGGAGCAGUCAGUGUUGUGUAUGCUGAGGGAGGAUGGCACUGUGGGGUGGUCCAGGGAGAUGCCCCUCUGCACCGACACCACAGAGAAGAGCUGGUGUGAUCAGGACAAUGGAGGGUGCGAGCAUUUCUGCCGGGAGGCCGGGGAACACUACUACUGUGAGUGCUCGGACGGCUUCCAGCUCGGUGACAAUGGGCAGACAUGUGGCGCUGUCGACCCGUGCCACAGUGCCCCCUGCGAGUUCGAAUGCCUUCCCCUGUCGGACGGCUACCGCUGCGCCUGCCCCGAAGGCUACAUGCUGGCCCCGGAUGAGCGUGGCUGCCUGGAUGUAGAUGAGUGCCUGCAGAGCCCCUGCGAGCAGCUGUGCGUCAACGCCCCGGGGACCUUCGAGUGCCGCUGCCGUGAGGGCUACCGGCCGGACGAGGAGGGCGAGUGUGAGGAUGUGGACGAGUGCAUGGAGGACCCAUGCGAGCACGCCUGCGAGAACACGCCUGGCUCCCACGUCUGCCACUGCCACCUGGGCUUCUCCCCCCUGCCCGAGGACCCCUCCCACUGCCAGGACACCGACGAGUGUCAGAUCCCUGGGACAUGUCAGCAGAUGUGUGUGAACUACGAGGGGGGCUUCGAGUGUUACUGCGAGGUGGGCUACGAGCUACUCUCUGACCACUUCUCAUGCAGGAAGAUAGGUGAGGGUGAGGACUCAACCACCGCAGCCACGCCCUCUUACCCCUGGGUCACCCGCCAACCCGGCCCCAAGUGGGACCCCCAGGAACCCGUGUACCACUGGACCCCCCAGCAGGCCAACACCGACUGGCCCCCGGAGGAGGAAGAGUCCCUGGACUGGCUCACAGACCCUCCCAGGCUGGAGAGUGACAUUAUCUGGGUCACCAGCGCACCCCAGGAGGAGCCAGUCCUAAACUACAACCCAUUCCUGGUCCCCCCCACGGAAGAGCCAGAGGUGGAGGAGGAAGAAGAGGAGGAGUAUACACCCGGCUGGGACAUCAUGAAUUGGAAUGCCCCAGCCAAGGUCCAGCCAGAGUUGGAACCCACGCCCAGUCUCUCUCCCAGCCCCACAUCCGACACAUCCCCCACCCCAACUCCCACACCUGACUGGUAUGAGGAGGAGGAGGAUGACGAAACCACUACCAGUCCCUCAGUCCUCCCCACCUCCACAAUCUCGGGAGGGGCAUGGAACUGGUUCUGGAUCAGUCCCACCACCUCCAGCCAGGAAGAAGGACUUACCAUGUGGCAGGAGCCAAUCACUGACCAGUACGUCCCCGCAUCCAACUAUGAUGAAGCUGAGGAGAAUGAGGAAGAGAGGGGAAUUGACGAUGAAUGGGUGAUAUCCCCCCCAGAGAUGGGCCAGGGUGAGAACCAGAAACAGCACACCCCCUCCCUGCCUCCUCCCCUGGCUCCCCAAACUCCCCUCACCCCCGACCAGAGCGUUAAAGAGGUGGAGGUGGAGGUGGAGGAUGAGAGGGGGCCGCCCCAGGAGGACGAGGUGGAGGGGGAUGAGAGGGGGCCGCCCCAGGAGGACGAGGUGGAGUGGGAGGAUGAGAGGGGGCCGCCCCAGGAGGACGAGGUGGAGGGGAAGGAUGAGAGGGGUCCACCCCAGGAGGACGAGGUGGAGGGGGAGGAUGAGAGUGGGCCGCCCCAGGAGGACGAGGUGGAGGGGGAGGAUGAGAGGGGGCCGCCCCAGGAGGACGAGGUGGAGGGGAAGGAUGAGAGGGGGCCGCCCCAGGAGGACGAGGUGGAGGGGAAGGAUGAGAGGGGGCCGCCCCAGGAGGACGAGGUGGAGGGGGAGGAUGAGAGGGGGCCGCCCCAGGAGGAUGAGAGCAGCCAGAAGCAGGAUGGUGUCAACUGGCUGCUGGUAGGCCUCCUGGUGCCACUCUGCAUCUUCAUCGUGGUGAUGGUGGCACUGGGCAUCAUCUACUGCACCCGCUGCGCCGUCACGCCACGCAACAAGUCCGCCACCGACUGCUACCAUUGGAUCUCCGGGGCACACGACAAGCAGGGCGCGCCCAAUCCCAGCAAGGGGAUGCAGUCACAUGUUUAAACAGACGAAUGAGGAAAGACUUGUACAUAAAUAAACUGUUUUAUAAAUAAGAGGAUAGGAAAUGAAGAAGGUGAGAGAGGACUUGGGUGGUUAUUUUACUGUUUAUUGCCUCCUCCCACCAUCACUCUGUUGCCGUCCUGUGACUCUGUGAACACUUGGAUGUUUCUGUGGAAUAUCGGUUGAAAGAGAAGAAAGAGGAAGCAAUACUAAAAGAACACUGAUCCUUUUCUUGGGGUGCUUUGACAUGUGGUAGAAAAAAAACGUAUUAUUGUUGCUUACACUGAUCUCACGGCACAAGGUAUAUGAUCACUAUAUGAUUGCACUAUAGGGUCAUAAUAGAAACCAUCCAUUGGGAUUGUUGUUGAAUACGUCAUCUGGUUAUAUUUACAGAUGCUGUGGGAAUAUACUGUUAAUAUAUCACCAGUGCCACCUGAAAGCCAAAGCCAAAGACCUAUACUGUAGCUUAUAGCAUUUUUGUAGUCAAUGAAAUCUGGGUGUCUGCAUCUUUCAAACAAACGCUCAGGUUUUAAUGCCCAAUUGAGCUCAUUUCCCAAAGUGUGGCAUCACAAAUGACUAUUUUUGUCAACUUCGUUAAAGAAGCAGUUUUUUAUUUACCUCAGAAGUUGGUGAAUGAAGGCGGUUGUGUUUCACGCCCCUUUGCAGGACAACAGGCAUUUCGGCAGUUGGACCAAACUAUGCAAGCAUGACUGUCAUGACGCUGUUGACGGUCAUGACCCUGUUGACUGUCAUGACCCUGUUGACGGUCAUGACCCUGUUGACGGUCAUGACGCUGUUGACGGUCAUGACGCUGUUGAGAAAAAGCAAUCACUUGGAUAUGACUUUUAUGCUUGUGCUUUUUUAAGUACCCGAACAAAUCAAUUCACACCGCAGACCAAAUUUGUUUUAUACAGUACGCGUGUAUAUAUGUGUUUGAUUGACUGUUUUUGUAUAUGUACUGUAUAGUUUGUAGCAAUGACGUUUCCAUAAAAUGUAUUAGUGUCAUGAUUCCUGAUUGAAUGAAGUGCCUUUUGUUACAUGUAGAACUCUUGAUAAUGUCAUGGAAUGUCUGUCUGUCUGAGGGGAUGGUUCCUUCCAUUCAACUUCAAUUGAACUAACUCUCCUAGUCCUCUCACCCAUAUUCCUCAUGUAGGUUAGAGUGCAGAUGUAAGAUGUGUUUGUAUUACAGACUGCCUGGACUGUAAUGGGGGUCACAGGCUACCGAUUGACUUCACCAUUGGCCUUGUUAGUGGACUUGUGAUCUUUCAAUCGCUCCCCAGUCCCAUGUCACAUAACUCUUUAGCACGUCCCACUCCCUCUUGUCACAGGCCUGCCCUUAACAUUCUAUGGACUUUAUUAAUAGCCAUGAUGGAACAGUACCAACAUUUAGGGUUUGAAGUCAAUGCACCUUCUAGCAACCUUUGACAGUAACUGCAGUCCCCAUUCAAAGGAUGGCUUGCACUCGUAAAUGACAGACAAUAAACAAUGACAGACAAUGAAAUCAAUCUAAGAUGUGCCUUCUGAUCUAAGGACUGUGAAAUGCUUUUUCAUUUUUGUUACCCAUUACGUUUUAAGUAAUUGCUAAUUAAAAUGUUACGAUAAGGGUUCUAUCGAUGUUCAUGUCUUGUGUUUUAAUGGUUCACGGUCCAAUCACUUCAUGAUGUAACGCUAUCUGCUUCAGGAGACAUGUUGAAAUCACAGUUUGAAAUGGAUUCCUUGUGCAGAGAGAGUAUAUGGAAGCAGCAGUAAGUCGAAGAGGCCCUAUUGGGUGUUUAAAUAAACACCUUAAGACGCCCUUCCGCGCUGAGAGGAGAGGCGGGAGGGUGUGUGAACGUAGGAAUACCACAGCUCUGCAACAAACACAACGUUUAGAAUCCGUCCAUCAAAGCCCAUAAGGGGUGGGAAAUUAUUCAUAAAAACUCUCCCACAACAAUCUCUCUUUAUUAGGCAACACCCGUCCCCAAUACCCAGGAAUUGUUUAUCAAAUCAAAUCAAAUUGUAUUUGUCACAUGCGCCGAAUACAACAGGUGCAGACUUUACCGUGAAAUGCUUUACUUAGGAGCCCUUUCCCAGCAAUGCAGAGUUCAAAAGUAAGAAAAUACGUGGUUAAUAAAAUACUCAUCUUAUCUUAAUAGGCAACACCAGUCUCCAAUACCCAGGCUGCGUUGUUUGUGCGUCAUCACAGCUGGCAGGGUCGGAUCCUUAUUGCAUAUUAACGGAAUGUGUUGAUCACGAUCAGACUGGGACUCAGUGUGGAGCUCUAAGGGGGGUCUAUUUGUGUUCAAUCUCUGAUCCAUCUGGUCAACUCUCACUGGAGGUCUGCUUCAUGGCACGCUGCUCCUCCACCAGAGGCUAUCUGAUGCCAUAGAGAUCACAGAGAUCUUUAUUCAUCUCUGUGCCACAGACUGCAGCCAGCCAAAGGCCUCCCUGCGAGGCUGGGCGGUGAUCGCUCACAGGGGAUAGAUGUGUCACUGACCACAGACAAUUUUUUUUAGUUAGUAUCUUUAUUCCUUUCUGUGCCACAGACAGAAUGCAGUCAAAGGACGCCCUGUAAGGUGAUCGCUCAUGGGCCGUUCUGUGUGUUCAGUGUCAGGUUUAGCCACUCAGACAGAGUGGGGUUGUGUUGCUAUAGGUUGUUAAGGGGCGCCUCAUUGAUGAUGUAAGCCCCAUAGGGACAGGUCUGGUCAGCAACUCUGUCUGCCUUCUGCCAUGCUCUGGAGCAUCUAUCGCUGAUCAGCUGAUUACGCAAUAGGAGUGCCGUCUGGUCAUUGAAUGGAUUGACGCACAAGAUUUAUAUAUCGCGAAACGGUGACAUCAGCAAUAUUUUGGCUUCUCCAUACGUAUGUUCCUGGUUGGCCAUCUCCGAAAGCAUGAGCGUAUCAGGGGAAGAGUGGUGCGCUGGAGCUUUGUCCGGCAAGUUGAGUAUUUAAUAGACCACAGAAAGGGGUUCUCAUUCCUUGGAGUACAUCACUGAAGUGAUGAGGAAAAGUUCAGGAUGGUAACUUCCAUUCGAUAGUCUGUAAUGCUGAAUACAAAUAUAAUACAAUCAGAAUACAAAUUGGCGUUAAAACAGUGUGAGUUAUUGAAAAAUGAUAAAGUAAAGUAUUUUUCACUAAAUUGUAAUCACACAUCAAAGUGGAGUAGAACGUAAGUCAAAUAAAAUAAAAUCAAAUAAACUGUUAUUUGUCACAUGCGCCGAAUACCUUACAGUGAAAUGCUAACUUACAAGCCCUUAACCAACAAUGCAGUUUUAAGAAAAAUAAGUGUUAAGAAAGUAUUUACUAAAUUAACUGAAGUUAAAAAAAUAAUAAUAAUAAUAAAAUAAAAAUUACAAAUAAUUAAAGAGCAACAAUAAAAUAACAGUAGCGAGGCUAUAUACAGGGGCUAGCGGUACAGAGUCAAUGUGUAAUAACAGUAGGGGGGCUAUAUACAGGGGCUAGCGGUACAGAGUCAAUGUGUAAUAACAGUAGCGAGGCUAUAUACAGGGGGUAGUGGUACUGAGUCAAUGUGUAAUAACAGUAGCGAGGCUAUAUACAGGGGCUAGCGGUACUGAGUCAAUGUGUAAUAACAGUAGGGAGGCUAUAUACAGGGGCUAGCGGUACAGAGUCAAUGUGUAAUAACAGUAGCGAGGCUAUAUACAGGGGGGUACCGGUACUGAGUCAAUGUGUAAUAACAGUAGGGGGGCUAUAUACAGGGGGCUAGCGGUACAGAGUCAAUGUGUAAUAACAGUAGGGGGGCUAUAUACAGGGGCUAGCGGUACAGAGUCCAAUGUGUAAUAACAGUAGCGAGGCUAUAUACAGGGGUGAGGUACUGAGUCAAUGUGUAAUAACAGUAGCGAGGGCUAUAUACAGGGGCUAGUUGUACUGAGUCAAUGUGUAAUAACAGUAGGGGGGCUAUGAUACAGGGGGCUAGCGGGUACUGAGUCAAUGUGUAAUAACAGUAGCAGGCUAUAUACAGGGGCUAGCGGUACUGAGUCAAUGUGUAAUAACAGUAAGGGCGGCCUGGAUACAGGGGGUUAGAUGGUAUGAUGUCAAUGUGUAAUAACAGUAGCGAGGCUUAUAUACAGGGGGCUAGCGGGUACUGAGUCAUGUGUAAUAACAGUAGCGAGGCUAUAUACAGGGGUAGUGGUACUGAGGUCAAUGUGUAAGAACAGUCUGUGGGGGGGCUAUAUUACAGGGGUGGACUGAGUCAAUGUGUAAUAACAGUAGCGGGCUAUAUAUACAGGGGCUAGCGGUACUGAGUCAAUGUGUAAUAACAGUAGGGGGGCUAUAUACAGGGGGUAGAGGUACAGAGUCAAUGUGAGGUGGCACAGGUUAGUUGAGGUAAUUGAGGUAAUAUGUACAUGUAGGUAGAGUUAUUAAAGUGACUAUGCAUAGAUAAUAAACAGAGAGUAGCAGCAGCCUAAAAAUGGGGGGGGGGGGUCAAUGCAAAUAGUCCGGGUAGCCAUUUGAUUAACUGUUCAGGAGGCUUGUGGCUUGGGGGUAGAAGCUGUUAAGAAGCCUUUUGGACCUAGACUUUGGACCCAGGCGCUCCGGUACCGCUUGCCGUGUAGUAGCAGAGAUAACAGUCUAUGACUAGGGUGGCUGGAGUCUUUGGCAGUUUUUAGGGCCUUCCUCUGACACCGCCUGGUAUAGAGGUCCUGGAUGGCAGGAAGCUUGGCUCGAGUGAUGUACUGGGCCGUACGCACUACCCUCUGUAGUGCCUUGCAGUCGGAGGCCAAGCAGUUGCCAUACCAGGCGGUGAUGCAACCAGUCAGGAUGCUCUCAAUGGUGCAGCUGUAUAACUUUUUGAGGAUCUGAGGACCCAUGCCAAAUCUUUUCAGUCCCUUAGGGGGAAUAGGUUUUGUCGUGCCCUCUUCACAACUGUCUUGGUGUGUUUGGACCAUGAUAGUUUGUUGGUGAUGUGGACACCAAGGAACUUGAAGCUCUCAACCUGCUCCACUACAGCCCCGUCGAUGAGAAUGGGGGCAUGCUCGGCCCUCCUUUCCUGUAGUCCACGAUCAUCUCCUUUGUCUUGAACACGUUGAGGGAGAGGUUGUUAUCCUGGCACCACACUGCCAGGUCUCUGACCUCCUCCUUAUAGGCUGUCUCAUCGUUGUCGGUGAUCAGUGGAACACAAAUUGAGAGUCCUAUUUUCCUUGUCUCUAACUGGUCGUUAUACCUGUCAAAACGUCAUAAGGGCGUUGUCCGCUUCCAAAAUGAAGUGAAAUCCAGACACACAUGCCCUCAACCAUGUUCAAAAAGGUAAAAACUUGCCAGUGUUAGUUUUUUUCAUAGCCUCAACCUUCGCAAAAAUAAUAAGAACUCCCAUUCAUGCUCUGACUGUUAAUGCACUGGCCUUGAGUUAUUGAAAUGUGAAGCUAUUUUCUGACUGAGGGAGAACCUGUAGCAUCAGUUUUCCUCAUUAUACAUUCCUAGGUCUUAAAGUGAAGUCAGAAAUGCAUUGAACAGAACACAGAGAAGGAUAGGUGCCAAAUAGGUAUGAGAGAGAAAUCACGAGCAUGUCUGUAUCUGUGUCUGUUUGUUUUCACACGCAGACUAUUGUUACAAAUUAAAGCCAUCACCAGCAAAUAAUACCAGACUCCUCCUUGAAUGGCCAGCUCUCCAUUUUCUUAAGUCACAUCAACAAACAUUUGAAGUCAGUUCAGAUGUAAUACGUGGCGUUUGUAUAAGUAGGGACGGCGAACGUUCAGGCAGCUGCACAGUCACUACAGAAGCUCUAGAUUGUGUUUGAUAGCAUUUUGUGUUUGUUAGCAUUUUGUGUUUGAUAGCAUUUUGUGUUUGAUAGCAUUUUGUGUUUGAUAGCGUUUUGUGUUUGAUAGCUUUUUGUGUUUGAUAGCAUUUUGUGUUUGAUAGCUUUUUUUACUCUCUAAAUAGUUAAAAGAGUGAGAACUAGAUGUAGUUGUUGCAAUAGUUAGUGAGUGGGCAACACUUUAUACUAUUCUCCCAAAUUAUUUUGCUCAGAUUCAAUUAUUUUACACUGCGCUAAUUUCAGUGUGGACAGUUUGUGUUACUACCAAAGCUCACAUUUUCAACUCACACAAUUGAGUGAAAUUAGACAUAAUUUUUUUACCUCAGAUUGGCGACAUUAAUAUAAAAAGGUUCUAGUCAUCAAGAAGACACUAAAUCGAUUGCUUUCCAGAGAUGGGCUUAACCCCCUCCUUCUCCUUCUCCUGUGCCUCCCCCUCCUCCACUCCAGACAUCUGACAGAGGAUCUGUCUCUCCGUCACUCCCUCAGUACUUUCCAGAGCUUUCCAUCAUGCUAUCCACCUCUGUUGCUGUUGUCUUGUGUUGUGUUAGGUUGAUGGGGUGAAGUAAUUAGGAAAGAAGUGAGUGAUUAUCGAUGGGAGCGUCGCUCUGUCUCACCCCCCUCUGAUCAAUGGCUGGUAAUUACAAAUCGUGCUCCUUCGCAGGGGAUUGUGUUGAAUCAAAUGGAUGGCGCCAGGAAUGACUCCCAGUGUAGUUGACUGUCUGGCUGUUUGACUGACUGGAUUUGACGGCCUCUGGCUGUUUGCGUUGAACAUACAUUGGGUUUCUGGUUGAUUGCCAGAUAGACCUUGAGGAAGUUUGUCUGGGGCUGGACCACGUGCGGUCCUCCAUACAGACACGCCAGUUCUUUGAGCAUCGUUCGCUCUGAUCAACGCUUGCCCAUGGCCUCGGGGGCUAAGCAGGGUUUCUUUAGUAAUGGCGGUCUGUCAGCACAUGUGGAGAAAUGUGCAAUACGGAAAUAUUUGGUCUAA